AUGGAUGCGCGGAGCAUCCCACGCACCCUCGGCCCAGCCGCCUCCACCCCCGGCCCCAGUAUACUCGAACAACAGCACCAGCAACAUUCAUCCUCGACCUCAUCGUCAACCACACCCUCAACUAUACCUCCCACCGGUCGUCCCACAUCGCCUCCCGUGGCUGCCACCGGCACAGCAGCGAUUCACUCCGCCGCCGCGGCCGCCGCCGCGGCCGGCAGCGCCGAAGUUGGCCAGCAGUCUGCCGACUCCCUUGCGCAUGGCAACGGCAACGGCAACGGCAACGGCGAGAACUGGGCCUCGCGGGUCCUGCAGGAGAUGAAGGACUUGAUGCUUCUGCUCAAUCGCGAAGGUCGAGUUCUGUAUGCGUCACCCUCGUGCGUCGAGAUCACUGGCUUCGAAGCCCAGUCGCUCGAAAAGAGCGACCUGUUCCGCUAUGUUCACGAGGACGACAAGUCCGUUCUCACUCAAGAAUUGAAAGAAUGUAUUGAGACUGGCCGGCUGUUGCGCUGCCAUUUCCGCUUCUGUAAGCCAGAUAGCAGCUUCUGUCUGCUCGAAGCACACGGACAUCCACAUAUCGCUCCCUCGGAUCCCUCUGGAGCUGGCUCAAAUGGUCACCGAAGACUUCCACGACCGCUAUCCCCAUCGCCACCGCAACAGCUGCAGCAGCAGAAACAAUCCGAGUGUCGAGGGAUUUUCCUCGUCUGUCGCCCUUAUCCGACUAGGGGAGCCCAGCUCCUCAACUCAUUUCUCGAACAUAAGAUCGAGAACAUCCGCCUCAAUCAGCGCAUCGCGCAACUCAAGGAAGAGGAAGAGGAAGAGCUCAACGCGACGCAGCAAUCUUUCAAUAACAAUGGCCAUUUUGUCCACACCUCGACCACCACUACCCGUCAAACAUACAUCACGACCACGCAGACGGUCACCCAAUCCACCACCAACCGGGCACCCGCCCGCGACACUCCCUCCACUUCCGGCGAGGACAACGAAUCCUCCGAUACGGUCACGAGUAACGCCGACGAUGCGGAUUCGCGCUCGUUUCCCGGCAUGGAGGGCGUCAUGGACCGCCUACCUGCGGUCGACGACAUGUCGCAUAUCGAGGGCAUUGAGGUCAUGACCGGUCUGUACUAUGGAGAGGGCGAGCGGUCCCAGGGUCUGAGUACCGGUCAAAAGCAUGGUCGCUUGGUCCACUACUCGGACAUUGAUGGCGAGUCGUCUGGCAACGAUCCCCAGGCAAGUCGAGGAGUCGGGGAUGGGGAUCGGAGGAAACGACUCAAGGGCGAGUAUAUGUGUACGGACUGCGGGACGAGUGAUUCGCCGGAGUGGCGGAAGGGGCCCGAGGGUCCGAAGACGUUGUGUAAUGCUUGUGGAUUACGCUGGGCUAAAAAGGAGAAGAAACGCCAAGAUCCCUGAUCAGUAAAACCUCUACUUCGUACUCCGUACUCUCCCCGGUCUCGUCUUUGCAAGGUGGGUGUAAUGGGGGAAAUUUUCGAAGGCCAUUGACGCGACGUUUGUCAUGAUUGUUACUGUACUACCUGCAUUAAUUGCCACUUAGGGUUGGACAUUGAGACCCCCCUUGCGAGGAUACCCCCUGCUUCUUUCACUUCUCUUUUCUUUUCUUGGGAUAUUUCUUCUUUUCUUCUUUACGGGCUGGUUCAUGUACUGGUUUGGUCGUGCGUGCUAUUGCAGCAGAGCAUGUGAAAUUUACUUUCAAUGCUUUUGAUUAUGACUUGGUGUCUAUCUAUGAUGGCAUGACUACUAUACGGGAUAUGUAUAUUCGGACUAAAAUCGAAUGGACUUGGUGUCUCCUCCGAUUACAAUUAUGACCAGCGCAUGAUCUUCAUUUUGGGUUGGUGGGAAGUGAGCUAUGUUCAGGGUGUGCAU